AUGAAGAACUAUGGCAGCAAGAAGUACUCCUAUCCUGCUCAGACAGGCCAUAAAGUACUUCACUUAAGGACUAGAGUAAUACAAAAGCUGCACACAUCUGCUUGCUGGCUGCAGGAGGUCCCGGGUAAACCUUAGGUGGAUCAAACCGCAAAGAAGCCACAGGUACCAAGCCCUCAGCCAACAGAAGAAACUGGAGCAAAGAUUAAGGAAGAAAAGCGAUCUUAUAGGCAACUAAUUAUGGAUGAACUUAAAUAUUAUCACAAUGGAUUCUAUUUGCUUUGGAUUGACACCAAAGUUGCUGCCAGAAUGGUUUGGAGGCUGUUGCAUGGACAGGUGCUGACCAGACGAGAGAGACGAAGGGUAGGGCAAGAGUCAUAUUUGCAAAAGAAAAUGGAAAGUUAA